GCAUAGAUACCGUACCUACCUAGGUUAGGUAGCUGCCUGGAAUGCUGCUAUUUUGGUGCCUGCUCUGCAACCAUCCCCAGCUCUCCCAACUCCCCUUUGCGCUCGACUUGUCCUGUUCACUUGUGGUGUGCUUGAUGCCUUGAUGCUUUGAUGGCUGCUCUUGACAUACCCUGGAUGACGCACAUGUCGACUCCCAGGUCUACUACGCCUCGCGCCGACAUCGACGUCGACAGUGUCGCCAAUCCCUCCGGCCCUGCCACUCCCGCCGCCGCUUCUUCCACCUCGGCUCCCAGCUUCAAUUCGCCGUCGUACGCUCCCCCGACUUAUGCCUCCUUUUCGCCCACGAACCUAUCCUCUACCGCCGCCGCCGCCAAGCGCACUUCUACCAUCCUCGUCCACCAGAAGUCCCCCCUACUCCUCGCCACACCUCCCCAGAUCACUCGAGCCCUCGCCUAUAGCCACCCUUUCCUGCUUCCCUUGAAUAAGCUCGCCGGCCUUCUGACAUGGACCACCGGCGACCCCUGGGAGAGCUUCCUGUUGCUCGUUGUCUACUGGGUCGUCGUCCAGUACGGCGACAAUAUCGUGCGGUUCGCCGGCCCAAUUGUUACCGUCUUCGGCAUCAUUGCUGGCAUGUAUGCCCGCCGCUAUAGUCCCCUCUCAAGUAGCGGUUGGGCCGAGCAUCCCAGCCUGGCUAAUAGCAAAGACAAGAAAAAGGGGAACAAUGCCUCCUCCAGCGGCAGUCAACCCGGCCAAGGGCAUCAGCGAAAUGCUAGUGAAGUGACCACUACGCGCCACCAGAAAACUCUCGACGAGAUUGUCGAUACUUUAAGAGUCUUCACAUCUCGAUGCAACAUUUUACUCGAGCCGCUGCUUGAGAUGACGGAUUUCUUGUCCACUCAACGAACCGCCACCAGUGCAACCACUCGGCCAGCGCUUACUACUUUGUUCGUACGCAUCCUUGCUGUCACUCCGAUCUGGAUUCUUUUGACCCUGCCGCCCCUUCGUAUCAUCACAACGAAGAGAGUUGUCUUUGUAUUUGGUACUUUAGUGUUAAGCUGGCAUUCCAAAGUCUGCAGGGUGACACGGACAUUAUUAUGGAGGAGCGCAACAAUACGGAAAGUGGCCCAAUGGAUAACUGGCCUAGAAUUCGAAAGGCCUGUGAGACUGGAACAGAAAGAAAACCUCAAUGGCCAUGCCGUUGAUGGCAAAACCAAGCCGAAGCGAGCGCAUGAGGCGGCCAAGAUCUCCUCCUCGGCCUUGACCGAAGCUCUUAAACGUAGCCGGUUGGGGGCUAAGGACAAGGAUUCCGGCGUGCGUUUCACUUUCAUACUUUAUGAGAAUCAGAGGCGAUGGCUCGGCUUAGGAUGGACGAAUAGCUUGUUUGCUUACGAGCGAGCAGCCUGGACCGACGAGCAGAACAACCCAGUCCCACCCAAGGACGAGUUCGAGCUGCCGGAGGUUGAGGACGGUCGUGCCAAAUGGAGGUGGGUGGAAGGUACUAAGUGGCGUGUCGACGGCGUGCCAGAUUUAGAUGAGGGAGACUAUGAUGGCGAAGGCGGGCGGAUGGGCUGGAUCUUUUACGAUAAUAAGUGGCAGAAUGGUCGCCGGGGGGUUGAUGGCUGGGGCCGCUGGACGAGAAGACGGAAGUGGUACCGCGAUGCAGAAUUAGUCGAGGUUUCCGAAGAUGAAUUACCUUCACCUUCGCCGCCGCCACCAGCUCUACCAGCACGCCCACAACCCACGAUCUCUUCCGUCCCCGAUACUACCGACGCGAGCGCAGCAUUAUCAGUGUCCCCUCCCGAGGCCACAAACUCGGAGGAUAAAUCCAAAGGCGAGGACGACGCUGCUUCCCUCCUCAGCACGUCCUCCAAGUCGGCGAGAUUCCGGUUUUCUACGCCUUCCCUUCGUCGCCGUACGACAAGUGGCACUCAGCACUCUAGGAGAACAAGCGAGGUCGCUAGUGUGCGGUCGAACGAGGAUGAUAGUACGCUGGAUCCAGCGUUGGAACUUGAGAUUCACGGUCACCAGAGAGAUCUGGGGCAGUGGGGAAUUGGCGACGACGCACAGAUGGGUCUUGAAUAAAGCGGUAAACGGCAAUUAGUGGUAAGGUUUUUGUUAAAAGAGAAAAAAAAAACAUUCAUUGUGGAUGGGGCUCUUAUUUUGUUACUGGGGGAGGCGUGACUGGCGUCUUGGUAGAUACCAUUUUCAAUUGGUUGCUUGC